AUGUCACGCAAAUUGAAAUACAUCACUAUUCUUUUCUGUGCAACGCUUUUACUUCUAUCGCACUCGUCAAUUCAUGCAAAUGCUAAAAGUUCUCCCGAUGCUCCUCCCCCUCCCGGUGUUACUCCUGGUGCCAGUCCUCCCCCUCCCGAUGCUACUCCCCCUCCCGGUUCUACUACCGAUACUACUACUCCUCCUCCCGGUGCCAGUCCUCCCCCUCCCGAUGCUACUCCUACUUCAGGCACUUCCACGAGUUCCGAGUAUUAUCCUCCAGGCAAUUCCACGAGUUCCGAGUAUUAUCCUCCAGGCAAUUCCACGAGUUCCGAUCCAACUACCACAUCUUCUUCUACCACCAGUAGUGGCGCUGGUACUGGCAGCGGUAACUCCACAUCCACUACGACAACCUCCCCGCCCGCUUCUGGCUCGUCAUCGUCAGCGUCGUCAAUUGUUUCUGUGUUACUAUCCGAAGGAAUCGGGUCUGCUAUAGUGCCAGUUUUUGCUGUUCUUGUGCAGUUGUUUAUGUUGUAG